AUGGGCAGCACAGGCACGGGCAGCAACGGGCGGCAACGGGCAGCACAGGCACGGGCUGAAACAGGCAGCAACGGGCAGCACAGGCACAGGCAGCAACGGGCGGCAACAGGCAGCACAGGCACGGGCAGCAACAGGCAGCACAGGCACGGGCAGCAACGGGCGGCAACAGGCAGCACAGGCACGGGCAGCAACGGGCGGCAACGGGCAGCAACAGGCAGCACAGGCACGGGCAGCAACAGGCAGCACAAGCACGGGCAGCAACAGGCAGCAACAGGCAGCACAGGCUCGGGCAGCAACGGGCGGCAACAGGCAGCACAGGCACGGGCAGCAACAGGCAGCACAGGCACGGGCAGCAACGGGCGGCAACAGGCAGCACAAGCACGGGCAGCAACAGGCAGCAACGGGCAGCACAGGCACGGGCAGCAACGGGCGGCAACGGGCAGCAUAGGCACGGGAAGCAACGGGCGGCAACGGGCAGCACAGGCACGGGCAGCAACAGGCAGCAACGGGCAGCACAGGCACAGGCAGCAACGGGCGGCAACAGGCAGCACAGGCACGGGCAGCAACAGGCAGCACAGGCACGGGCAGCAACGGGCGGCAACAGGCAGCACAGGCACGGGCAGCAAUGGGCGGCAACGGGCAGCAACAGGCAGCACAGGCACGGGCAGCAAAAGGCAGCACAAGCACGGGCAGCAACAGGCAGCAACAGGCAGCACAGGCUCGGGCAGCAACGGGCGGCAACAGGCAACACAGGCACGGGCAGCAACAAGCAGCACAGGCACGUGCAGCAACGGGCGGCAACAGGCAGCACAGGCACGGGCAGCAACAGGCAGCAACGGGCAGCACAGGCACGGGCAGCAACGGGCAGCAACGGGCAGCACAGGCACGGGAAGCAACGGGCGGCAACGGGCAGCACAGGCACGGGCAGCAACAGGCAGCAACGGGCAGCACAGGCACAGGCAGCAACGGGCGGCAACAGGCAGCACAGGCACGGGCAGCAACAGGCAACACAGGCACGGGCAGCAACGGGCGGCAACGGGCAGCACAGGCACGGGCAGCAACGGGCGGCAACGGGCAGCACAGGCACGGGCAGCAACGGGCGGCAACGGGCAGCACAGGCACGGGCAGCAACGGGUGGCAACGGGCAGCACAGGCACGGGCAGCAACGGGCGGCAACGGGCAGCACAGGCACGGGCAGCAACAGGCAGCAACGGGCAGCACAGGCACAGGCAGCAACGGGCGGCAACAGGCAGCACACGCACGGGCAGCAACAGGCAGCACAGGCACGGGCAGCAACGGGCGGCAACAAGCAGCACAGGCACGGGCAGCAACGGGCGGCAACGGGCAACACAGGCACGGGCAGCAACGGGCGGCAACGUACCGUUGAUAGGCGGCAGCGCCCUUUUACCGUUCAGACUGGCGCUGCUACACGCGCACAGACGUCUCCUUGCCCUAUCCUGCCCCAGCCGGAUGCUCCCGCGUAACCGCCCACAGGGACAGAUCAAGCGCAACGCCGAUGCUGCACCGCCAAGUCCUCGCCACCGCAUGACGAAAUGCCAGCGGAAUGCCAUCACCGCGAAGGAGAAACUCCACUGGUUGAAGAUGCAGGACUCUCAGCCCGACCUCUCUAAUCGCGCGCUGGCGAAACUCGCGAACGUGCAGCCCUGCCAGAUCCGCGAAUGGAAGAAGUUGAGGGCGCGGCUGGAGGUUGCUUCCAGCUGCCGCUGUCGCCUCAUGGGGCACGGGCGCAAGUCCAAGUACCCGUUCAUCGAACUGGCUAUCUACCGCCAGUUCGUGAAGCACCAGGCAAAGGGCCUUGCCGUCACGGUCAGCAUGCUCCAGAAGUGGAGCGCCAAGUACAUGAAGCACAGGAUGCCCGGGGUCAACUGGCGCGCUUCGUUCCGGUAG